AAGGCAAACUCUCCGCCCAAGGCACCCAAAUCGGCAAUCUCCAAUCUCAAACUAACCGCUUAGAUUCCGCCCUUUCUAAUCUCUCCCAAGCCCACUCCGAAUUCAAGGAAGAAGUUAGCCAACAAUUUGAAGAAGUUAAUGAACGCUUAGAUACUACCGAAGUUAAAGUAACUAAAAACGCUCAAGAACUCCGCGAAGACUUUCAGCACUACCAAACUAAAACUGACCGCCAAUUAAACGAAAUCCACCAUGAAAUCGAAAGCACCCAAGAAGAAUUCACCCACCAAUUAAAAAUUCAAGAAACUAAAAUCCAGUUAGAAUUAGAAGAAACUCGCGAAGAAUUUGAACAAGCUAAUAACUUAAUCAACACUAAAAUUCACCAAACCCAAGAAAUUUUAGAAGAAUAUGAAGAAGCGGUAGAAAAUGUUAAGCACGACCAAAAACGCUUAAAUGUGGAGUUUAAAGAGUUAGCCGAUGAUGUGGAUAAUCAAUUUGAACUUAUUCACCAACAACAAAGAAAACUUGACCUAGUAGCUGACCAAAUGGGCGAAAUUGCCGAAGAAACUAACCGGAGAAUGGAUAAAAUGGAAAAUUCUUUCCUAGAAAUUGAAGAACAAGCCGAAGAAGCCUUAUCAAUUGCUCGCAAAGCGACUCGCCAAGUUAAUAAACUAACCGAAGAUUUACAAAAAGAACGCCAACGCAUCAAAAACUUAGAAGAAUCCAUCACUAAAAACCAGCAAGAAACUAAACAAGUUAAAGCAGAAGCCAAAAGAGCUAAUGAACGCUUAGAUAACUUAAUUAAAACGCAACAAUUAGCCGAUUUUAGCAAAGAACAAUUAGCCUUAGCCAAAAUUCAAAAAUCUCUCCAAUUAAAAGCCGAAGAAAACAAACUUUUAGCCCAGUUAAACAUUCUUACCCAAACUCAAAAACUUAUUCCGGAACCCGAACCAGCGGAAAGAGAGUGA